UUGUACUAGUCACGUUAUCUGUGGAUUCAGCAAGUGUCAGCACUGUUAGAAAACUUAUAUUGUUGAGUGCUGCGUGAUAGAGGCUGGAAACUCUACUGGGACUUUGGAAGAUAACAUGUUUGUUUGUAUUACUUUGUGCUGUUUGGUUUGGGGAGAGCUGACCUCGGGGUUGUCAGGUUAUGAUGCGUUUCAUUCAGAAGGUUUUGAUCACUGGACACCAGUAGGACAAUCACUUCGAUCGUUUUUGGGGCAUUUUUGCUUUACAAAGAGAGUUCGUAUUCUAAGAACAGUAAAGGAAAAUACAUUAAGACAUUUUGGUCAUGUACCAACAACAGAAAAAUAUAACUAUCGAUGGAGGAUUUAUUCUUUUGUCAAUAAUCCUCUUCAGGUGAUCAAUAGAAAUGUCGAUUUUAUGUUUAACUCUAAUGAUCAAAAGUCCAAAAGAAGACACGAACGUCACGUUGUUGCCAGAAAUAGACGUCAUACCCAGGACAUGCGUAAAGAAACUGUGGUUCAAGGGAAAACAGCUAAACUUCAGUGUCCCAAUUACGAAAUGUCCAAAGAAAAAGUCACUUGGUUAAAGGAUGGAGCUGUCCUUCCAGUCAAUCACCAACAAAGAGUUGAGGGCGACGGAACCCUGACUUUGCAGGAUGUGUCAGAAAAGGUUGACGAAGGAGUGUAUAGAUGUCAAUACAAGGGAGAAAAUGACCGAGAAGUCAGCUACUUAAUUAAGCUUAAAAUCAUAGCCGUUAUUGAUUUUGACAAGUAUCCUAACAAGACAGCUCAAAUAUUUGUAAAGAUGAAGUUGAAAUGA